AUCAAUUAAAGACGAAAUGUAAGGCCAGAUACUAUAAAACUCUUAGAGGAACACAUGGGCAGAACACUCUAACAAAAAAUUUAGCAAUAUUCUCUUUCCAUUAACGGAAAUAAAAUAAAAAUAAAGAAAUGGGACCUAAUUAUACUUACAGUAUUUUACACAGCAAGUUCAGUUCAGUUCAGUCGCUUAGUCGAGUCUGACUCUUUUACACAGUACCACACCAGACUAAUUUCUCUGAACCUUUCCUAUGUUUUCCUCUAAGAAUUUUAUAGUAUCUGGCCUUACAUUUGGUCUUUAAUUGAUUUUGAGGGUCCCCCCCCUUUUGUGUUAGGAAGUAUUCUAAUUUCAUUCUUUUACAUGUUACUGUCUAAUUUUCACAGCACCACUUACUGAAGAUGCUGUCUUUUCUCCAUUGUACAUUCUUACCUCCUUGGGUAUAGAUGAGGUGCCCCAUAGGUGCAUGGGUCUAUCUCUGGGUUUCCUAUUGUGUUCCAUGGGUCUUUCUUUUUGUUCUUGCCUAGAGCACUCUUGCCUGGAAAAUCCAUGGACAAAGGAGCCAGUUUGCUUAAUAUGUGUCUCAGCGUUUGCCUCAGCACUUCCAGCCAGCCAACCGGCACAAGCACGGAAAGAAAAUGCGCCGCUGAUUACCACAAAAGGCUUUGAGACCUUUUUUCAAACCGGACGGGCGGGGGAGAAACGGGCAAGCAGCUCCGCGGGGCAACACUGCCCCCUGCAGACCACAGAAACCAAACUGCCAGCAAGCCCGGAAGAAAAUGGAUCCUUGCCGCUCAGUUUUCGGGCAGAGGACUUAUGGGGGAUGCCCCUGAAGACCAGAGAAAGAAAGGGAACCUCUCGAAGGGGCCCGGGCCAACCGGCCCUGGACCGCGCGAGUUCCGCUCGACCCGCCCACAGAACCACAGCGAGGCGGGCAAGAAGUCAGGAGGUCCAGGAAUAUCCGGGGUUGCUGAGGGCUGGUUCUGGGCCUGCCCCGGGGAGCAGUGAGGUCAGUGCCAGUCUCCCAGCCUGUGUCUGCUGGGAGAUUUCUCCCCGAAACUGCUUGGAACUUUCCACUGAGGGACUUGAUGAUCCCUGCUGUCCGGGUCGUGUCUAACCUGGCCCCAACAAGAUGGUUAUUUUGGGUCACUA